AUGCCAUCGGUCACUGGUGUGCACCCGUGUUCAGCAAGUGCCGAACCAGUGCCAACUGAAAGAAAAAUCGACAGUUUGUUAUUAUCUAUCCAUAUGGUUCGUAUAAAACGUCGGUACUUUGUAUUUCACAUUCAUUUUGCCGAUGAUAACGAUGAUAAACAACAUUAUCUAUCUCGUCAUUUGAAACCAAACCAUAUUCAAACAUCAUUAGAACAAAUAAUUCAAAAAUUAUAUGGUGACUAUGGUUCAGCAAAAUUCUUACGUUCACUAACAAUAAUCUAUUAUAAUCCUGUAACAAAUUUAUCUAUUAUAAGAUGUUUAAGAGAAAAUAAAGUUGAAAUGAAAACUGUAGCCACAUUUACCACACAUAUUGGACCAUAUGAAUGUUCACUACAAACAUUACAUGUGGCUGGAAGUAUAAGACAAUGCAAAAAAUUUUUGGUAAAAUAUUGUACACAAACAUUGUUACAAAUGAAUAUGGAUAAAAAAACAACUACAACAGCCACUAGUGAUCUGUUGAUAUUAAAAAAAAAAAAAGGUUUUGGAGCAACAAAAAAAUAUCAGAGUAUUCAGCAACAACAGCAGAUAAUCUCGUUUGAAAAUAAAAAAACAAAAAUAUUACAGAGUUUAUUAAUCGAUAGUCGAAUUGAUUCUCAAUUGAUCAGUUCGAAUAUAGAAGAAGAUGAUAACAAGAUGUAA